AUGCAGCUAUUCGGACCUACAGCGUCAACUCUUGACUUCCUCAAUCAUUGCCUUCUGCAGUGAUGUAGCGAUCGAAGUCGAUAAGCCAAAUCAUGGGCGCGAGGCCAGCGCUGCGGGCGAAUUUUGAGGAACGGCAAACACAUCCAUCUAUAUGGUCAUCUAUGCGCGCCGAACCAAUGAAGUCGUCGUGAUUCAUCAGACAUUCAUCUCCACUCGUCCGCAGGAAAGAACGUCUCGUUGUGGUGGUAGCAUUGUAUACUUUUCAGCAAGCUCCGCGUCAUGGACCCUUUAUCCUCUUCCACCCAAGUACGCUAAAACCAGUGAUAGGAGAGCCGAGGACGAUCUCCGUGACGUUGAAUUGACCUGUUGCAGGUACUGGUAUUACAUCGCCAAAGAUCUGUAUUGGACCUGCCUUGAGCGAACGGACGGCCACCUACGGCUCGCUCGCUCGCUCCAUAGUAAUCAAGGACUGCUUGCCUCGAGGCAGCUUUUAGCAAUCAAAGUCCGAUCGAGGGACUCACAGUGUCCGCCUUCGACACCAUGGGAAGCUCGAUGCGUCGCGAUACACGUGGCUGCGCAUCUAGGGACUUGGUGCUCAUCUCCUGCCAUCCACGACGCCUACCCUUUCGGUUCCCUUGGGCGACACGCUGCAAUUUACCGGAGCAUCAUCUCAUCGCUGCAUUUCUCGAAGCAGCCUCACCGCUCAUGUUCCAGGAAUUCUAGACCUCAGUGCCUCAUUCACCGUCAACCCGCAUGAUGCAUGUACGCCUUCGUUCCGUCCUGAGCGGAGAAUUAAGUACUGGACCGCACCAGCUGCCCGAUCGCUGUGUGCAUGUACAUCGGCCUGUGCGCCGCAUUGUCGGGCAGAAGCAGGGACGCUCGUGGGAUCCGUGCGCGAGGAUGCUGGGCGCCCGUGCUUCCUUUGUGGUUCACGGUUCUCAUUGUACAAUGUCCCGCGAUCUUCGCCUUCCUACUGCGUCACAAGGCGGACCGGACGUUCUAGAUCUGCAAAAGGCCAACCCUGUUCCUUGUCCUUGCGUGCUGCUACCUGGACCGGGCGACGC